CUGGUAACAGGUUAGAGGAAAACUGCAACCAUGAAGGUUUUGAUCUUUGCUCUUGUUUGCUUACACCUAUCAGAGGGGCUUGUGAGAGUUCCUCUGAGUAAGGGAAAGUCCAUCCGGCAGAAGAUGAGGGAAGAUGGAGUCCUGGAUGAAUACCUGAAGACCCACAAGAUUGAUCUGUCUGAUAAAUAUAGAGGAUAUGCUGUUGCUUCUGAGAACAUGUAUUUUGAUACAUAUUACUAUGGACCGAUUAGUAUUGGAACACCUCCCCAGAACUUUCUGGUUUUGUUCGACACAGGUUCCUCCAACCUUUGGGUCCCAUCUACCUAUUGCCAGAGCACAGCCUGCACAAACCAUCAUGUAUUUAACCCAAGUCAGUCCUCCACUUACUCUUCCAAUGGACAGCGAUUCACUAUGGGAUAUGGAGGUGGAAAUGUUGCCAGCAGUGUCACUGGAUUGUUUGGAUAUGAUACUGUCUAUAUUCAAGGCCUUACUAUCACAAAUCAAGAAUUUGGUCUAACCAUUACAGAGCCCUCUGGCAACUUCUAUUACUCCCCCUUUGAUGGAAUCUUGGGGUUAGCUUAUCCUGGUCUUUCAGUUGGUGGCGCUACUACUGUGAUGCAAGGGAUAUUGCAGGAGAACCUUUUGAAUCAACCCAUUUUCAGUGUCUAUCUUGGCAGCCAGUCAGGCCAGGUCAUCUUUGGAGGAGUGGAUACUAACCUUUACACUGGACAGAUAAGCUGGGCUCCACUUUCAGACCAACUUUACUGGCAGGUUGCUCUCCAAGAAUUUUCCAUCAAUGGACAGGCUACAGGCUGGUGUAGUGGUGGUUGUCAAGUCAUUGUAGAUACUGGAACCACUCAACUCAAUAUCCCUCAAACAUAUAUGCAACAGCUUCUGCCAUACCUUGGUAUCCAACAGACACAGAAUGGAGGCUACAAUAUUAACUGCAACAAUAUUCAGAAUAUGCCAACUCUCACCUUCACCAUUAAUGGCGUUGCCUUCCCCUUGCAACCAUCUGCAUACAUCAUUCAGGAGAAUGGAUACUGUUACGCCAACUUUUUGGACAUCAGCCUUCCAGCUUCGAAUGGAGAGCCACUCUGGAUCCUGGGAGAUGUUUUCCUUAGGGAGUAUUAUUCAGUCUACGACUUUGGAAACAGUCGUGUUGGCUUUGCUCCAGUGGCAUAGACUGCCUGGGAUUAACACUGUGCUGGGAACAUGAGAACAAUCAAUAAAAUCUAU